AUGAUCAACACUGUCAUUUGUUCUGUAGUGAAAAAUUUUGAAACUUAUUUAACAAUUUAUAUCACCUCGAUAGCUUCGUUAACACAGCGGCCAAAGCAUAGCAACACGUUAGGAAGGAUGUUGAGAGUCGGAAAGUCGCUACCAAGAAGCUUCGUGAUUCGUCGUAACCUGUCGCAAACGUUGGUAGCCAGUCAGGGAAAUCCCAGGUCUCCAUUACAGAUAUUCCGUGAAACGUUCAAACAAGAGUGGAAGAAAUCGCAGGAGUUGCAAGACAACAUCAAGGCAUUGCAAGAUGCAUCUGGUAAAUUGGGAGAGUCAGAAGCGUACAAAAAAGCCCGUGAGGCGUAUAUAGGAGCGCAGAAAGGCUCGACAAUCGUGGGGAAGACAUUGAAGAAAACGGGUGAUACCGUGGAAUCGAUUGCUGCUAGAGCUUGGGACUCAGAGUUAGGUAAGAGCACUAGAAGCGCGGUCAAUAAGACCGCCACUAAACUGGAUGAAUCCUUUGAGCCUGUUAGAAAGACCCAGGUAUACAAAGAUGUCUCUGAAGUCAUGGACAGCGAAACUAGUUCCCGCUACGGUGGGUUUAUUGGGAAGGAAGAAAGAAGACUAAAGCUAGAGCAGGAUAUUGCCUCUGGUAAAAGACCCAAGGCCAUCAGAAGCAAUGAAGAGGCAGGGACGGCUUUGGUAGCCACUGACAUUGAGGCGAAAGAGUCGUUUGGCAAAAAAGUAGACGAUUUCAGAGAAAACACUAUGCUAGGUCAAAAGAUACACGAAACAAAAAUCAAGCUAUGGGACGAAAGUGAGAACCCUCUAAUUGUCUUGUUACGGACCAUCAGUAACAAGAUCGGUGGUCUGUUUGCCGAAACCGAAUCUGCGCGUGUAAUGGGCCAAUUCAAAGUGAUGGAUGCUAAUUUCAACAGUGAGACGUUCAUGAACCACCUUAGAGAGUACGUCAUCCCAGAGGUGCUAGAAGCAUACAUUAAGGGCGACGAGGCGGUGCUCAAACAGUGGUUCAGUGAAGCUCCUUACAAUGUCUAUGCAGCCCAACAGAAAGCGUUCCGUGAACAAGGACUAUUUGCCGACGGGCGUAUUCUUGACAUCAGAGGGGUCGACAUCGUAAGUGCCAAGCUUUUGGCCCCUCAAGAUUUACCCGUGUUAGUGGUGGGUUGCAGAGCGCAAGAAAUUCACCUUUACAGAAAAGUCAAAACUGGGGAAGUGGCAGCUGGUACGCACUCCAACAUUUUGAUGAGCUCCUACGCCAUGGUGUUUACGAGAGACCCGGAUAAUAUCGAAGAUAAAGAAACUGAGGGCUGGAAAAUCCUAGAGUUUGUUCGUGGCGGCUCUCGACAAUUCACAUGA